AUGGCCUGUUUACAAAAACUUCGAGAAGAUAUUGCCUUGCUUGAACGAUUGUUUCCUAAAACACACGAACGCUUUCAGAUUGUUUCCGCUUCAAUUGACGAACUCGAGGUUAAAUUUGUUGGGACAGAUGGGAAGUCUAUUCAGAUUUGUGCAAACAUUCAGGAAAACUACCCACGAGAGCCUCCAAUUUGGUUCAGCGAAUCUGACGAUGCUAUAGUCACUGCUUUACUUGAACAACUCACUCAAAGUCAGGAUGGCACAGGUAUUCUGGCACAAUUGCAUAUGCUGGUUCUCAGGCUUUGUACUGCCCACAAUCUGACUGCGCCGACAGAACUUGAAGCGAUUGCUCCGAGUCCACUGGAUGACCGCGACGAAGGAAAUGGGAGCGAAUUGGAAAGCACCGUGGAUGAUGACGAAGAGGAUGAUUUGAUGUGCGAAAUGGAAGACGUUUCUGCUGCACGAGUUGAGCAUUCUGAAGAUGGAUUGGUUCCACCGGAAGGUUUAGCUGUUAUUACUCGUGUUUCUCAAGUACAACGUCAGCAGCACCUUAAAGGCGCUCCAGCUGGUUCUGUAACAGCGUCAGAUCGUCUUAUGAAAGAGCUUAAACAGAUAUAUAGCAGUGAUAAUUAUAAAAACGGCGUUUUCUCAAUCGAAUUGGAAAAGGAUAAUUUGUAUGAGUGGAAUGUCAAAUUGAAGAAAGUUGAUGAAGAUAGCAAUCUUGCAUCAGAUUUGAGACAAUUGGCUAAACCUCCACAUAACAAGGAUGGACUGCUUUUUCAAUUUAUUUUUGGGACUUCAUUUCCGUUUGAGCCUCCAUUUGUUCGUCUUGUUUCUCCUGUUGUUACAAACGGGUUUGUUUUGAGUGGUGGUGCUCUUUGUAUGGAACUUUUAACCAAACAAGGAUGGACAGCUUCUUAUAGCGUUGAAUCAUUAAUUACUCAAAUCUCUGCUACUUUGGUUAAAGGAAAUGCUCGUAUUGCAUUUGAACCAAAAAAUGGGAAUACUUAUAGUUUGGUUAAAGCUCAGCAAUCUUUCAAGUCUCUUGUACAUAUUCAUGCUAAAUCAGGUUGGUAUACACCACCAAAAAAUGAAGGCUGAACGGAUUAAUAUAUAAGUAAGCAAAAAUUGAAAUUUUUUGAUUGGAAGUAAGUUUAAAAUAUUUCUUGAUAAAAAAUUUAAAAAAAUUGA